AUGAAGCCGAUGAGGAACGUGUGUAGCAAGGUGGUGGGUUUGUAUGACGACUUAAAUCCGGCUGCCGGCGGCGACAUUCGAGGAAAUGCCAGCUUCUUCGCUUACCCGCGGCAAGCGAGUGGCGGUGGCAGCCUUGACGUCGUUCCCUGGACGGGCGAAAGCCCAUUCCUCAUAGCUGCCCACGCCGGAGGCAUAACUGAUUUUGAGUUCGCUCCGCAUGACGAGCGCCUUCUUCUCAGCUCAAGCGAAGAUUGGACGAUGAAGUUGUGGCGCCUGCCGGACGACACACCGCGGCGUCGAUUAGUGUGGCACAUGGAAGCCAAAACGGCAUAUUUCGACAUGGCCGUUCCAGAACUUUUGACAGACCUCAAGUGGAACUGCAAGGGCUCCCUCCUCGCUGCAGCGUCAGCCGACAAAAAUCUCCGCAUCAUCGAUCCGUACCCUCAUUUCGACGAGAGCUUCGUUCUGUUAGCGGGCAGGGGCGACGACUUCAUCAGCUUUGUCCAGGUGAGCUGUGCCACUCGGCAGCCCUUGCAGAAAUUCGUGUUGAGCUCUCCACAGAGAGGGUUUGAUUUGUUGCCGAGCAGGUGCAUUGACCCGUCCACUCACGAGAUUGCACGUGGAGUGAGGUUGCUGGGCAAUGGCGCUGAACUGUUAUCGUUUCGCCUGCCUCGCACGGGGAACCUCAUCCAACAGCCUGUUGAUUCCAAUGCCCUCGGAAAGCAUGUUACGAGCUCAGCUCGGGACUGGAUUGUUCAUGGUGAUACAGGGGAGCAAGAUGAAGAAGUGAACGUGUGCGGCAUUCGAAUUCGCAAAAGCACUUUGCGCCAAUGGGCCACGCCAGCGCAAGCCCUCCUGGCUCACACCAGCGAGGACUGGCGUGACUUCGACCUCAACAAGACCGCGGCUUCCGUGUCUCCCGAGCACGAGCGCGCGCGGGCGGAAAUUGCAGCACUGGCGCAGCAGGGGCCUGUAGAGGAGGCCCUGAGUGAUCACAUCACAUCGGCAUGUUUUCCGAUUCGCGCUCAAGAAGCAGACGAUCAAAGAAGGACCAACCACAGCUCCAGAAGCCUGGCCCGUCUGAGACGAGAGUCAGAAUCACGUGUUCAAGCCGAGAACUCCAAGUGGUGCGCGGCGGGCCAGGUGAAGAAGUCGAUGGCUUCGAGGCCAGUGUCCUUGGUGCCAAAGCGGGGAUCGAGAGGUGGAACUUUCGGCGCUGCCGGUGAUUCAGCUCGAGACGUGCGAGUGUGA